AUGGGGGCCCUACAUGAAGGUCACCUCUCCCUCGUACGCCAUGCUCUUCAAGAGAAUACCGACAUCUUCAUUUCCAUCUUCGUCAACCCAACCCAGUUUGCCGCGCAUGAGGAUCUCGAUUCCUACCCCGUGACCUGGAACGAAGACAUGGCAAAGUUGAAGAAAAUCCAGGAGGAGCAUAUCGCGACUGUGGGCCAAUCGAAGAAACCCGGAGUGAUACGCGGUGUCUUUGCACCCACCGUCAAGACCAUGUACCCUACUCUCCCACCCACUUCUGACAUCGCUGGCCACGGCUCUUUCGUCACAAUCACACCCCUUGGAUCUGAACUCGAGGGAGCAUCGCGGCCGAUAUUUUUUCGUGGCGUCGCAACGGUCUGCACCAAGUUGUUCAAUAUCGUUCAACCCGACCGUGUCUACUUUGGCCAGAAGGAUGUUCAGCAGUCAAUCCUCAUCAAGCGUAUGGUUAAGGAUUUCCAUAUUCCCACCCAAGUUCGCGUCGUGCCUACGGAGAGAGAACCAGACGGAUUGGCCAUGAGUAGCCGGAAUGUCUAUCUUGGUGACCGGAGAAGGGAGGAUGCUACAGUCUUGUCUAGGGCUCUUUUUGCCGCGCGUGACCUGUACAACUCGGGUGUGUUGGAUGUAAAGCGUCUCCGCAAGGCCGCGUUCAACAUCUUUGAGGAGGAUGCCACAAGAGUUAGAAGCGAUGGCCGAGUGGGGCCCAGCGGUCGAAUCGAGAUCGACUAUAUUGCAAUGAGCCAUCCAGACACAAUGGGAACUCUCAUGGACGAUGAGAAACUUAAUCCGCGCAUCGGCGCCGUCCUCAGUGCCGCAAUGAUUGUUUCCCCAGUCGACAAACCCAAAACUCAGGAGGAGCUGAACCAGCGCAGCGUCAGACUCAUCGACAAUGUAAUCCUAGAACCUCGCAUAAAUCGAAAAACGAGGAAGCAUCUCAGACAGCAUGCCGCGAACCCUGGGAUGUUUCGUAAGAUUCCGCAACGGAGCAUUCGGAGGGUUGUUCAGGGGAGCGGAGAAGCUAAAGCCAGAGAACCAGAGCCGACCAUAGCUACAGGAGCGGAGGUCGAAAUAUUGAAGGAAUGA